CCUCCCAGCCGCAUUCCCACUGGUAUCCCGCCCGUCGCACCCGCUCCUUCUGGCGCGGUACCCGUUCGGCCCGUCGUCGUCGCAUCCACACCCAUCAUCACUCCUGGCUCAUCCACCAUCGCCGACCAGAACCUCUCCUCUUCCGAAAUCCCCCCACCUCCUCCCCCGCCAAACCCGACCCCGAAACGACCUCGCCGGCUCUUUAGGCGGUUCCUCCUCUACACCACACUCGGGACGCUCAUCUUCUACCCUCUCUCCGGAUUUGUUUCUACCAAGUCCGAACCAUACCGCGAGUUCUUUACCAGCACUUUCCCGCUCGGCGAGGAAGUUGCGGAUUUCGCAGAGGAGCAACUGGGCGCGAGGACGUCUACGAACAAGACCAUCCAGGGUCUGGAGAAGGGCCAAAGGGCUGGUAUUGGUGCCAAGAGGGUCAAGGCCGGAGCGAAGGAUAUCGCCGGGCGGACCGAGGCGCUUGCGCAUGACGCCAAGGUCCAGGCGGAGCGGGCUGCGAGUCGGGCUUCGGCAGAAGCGGCCAACCUCAAGGAUCGGGUCGUCCAUGCCACUCAGGACGCCGCGGACAAGGCGGCCGCGCUCGCUCGGGACGCCAAGAACCGGGUCGUCGAUGCGACUUCGUCGAUCCCCUUCAACGCCAGCGAGGGUAUCGAGGGGAUUGUCCGCGAGACGGAGGGCGCACUGAACAGGGGCGGCAAGAACGUGGCGGAUGUGGUACACCGCGGAGAAGCCAACGAUGCGGUGGACGGGGCGGUGCGCAAGGCGGAGAAGAAUGUCGCAGACGCUUCAGCAACCCCUACUUCCUCUCGGAUCUAUCCCGACACUCAGCGCCCGCGCGAGCUUCGCCCGGAGACCGUUACGCCCGCCAAGCCCACCUUUGAGGGUCAGACCAAGUACGCCGGACCGGCUCUUCCCCUCGGAUUCGAGCCUCCUCCAGGACAGUACAUCCCCCCUCCUCCCAAGCCCGCGGCCGGAGCGGCCGCACCAACCCUCCCACUCCUCGCUCCCAAGGUCAAAGACUUUGGGACGGACGAGCCCAUCAUUUCCCAGCUCGCCUCUACCAUCGACUCGCUCACUUCGUCGCUUUCUGCUCCUGGUUCGGGACCCUCGGCGAACGCCACCGGAAUUCUCAGCAAGGCGCAGGAUGACCUGACCGCCCUGUCCAAGCGGCUUGGGGAUAUCAAGAAGGCGGAGAAGGAGAAGCUGGAACGCUCUCUCGAGGCGAAGAAGCAGGAGUUUGAGGCGACGCUUCAGAAGGCCGAAGCGGGCCGUCAGCGGUCCGAGGCGGGUCUGAGCGAAAAGUGGGAGAAGGAGCGCGCAGGGAUGGUGGCGGACUGGAAGAAGGAUAUGGACUCUGAGCUCGAGUCGCAGCGGGAGGGAAUUGAGAAAAGGCUGCGAGAGGAAGUGGUCCAGCAAGGUAUCGAGCUCCAACGCCGUUGGCUGAGGAGCAUCAAGACGCAGGUCGAGACGGAACGCGGCGGACGUCUUGCCAAGCUCGACGACCUCACUACGUCAUUGCACGAGCUGAAAACCAUCACUCUCGACAACUCGGCGACGCUCGACCAGAACGUCCGCGUCCACAAAGUCUGGUCCGCCCUCCGCGCCGUCCAAGCCAAAUCGGACGCCGGAGACGUCUCAUUCGGGAAUGAACUCCGCGUCCUUCGGUCCCUCAACACCUCGGACUCGACCCAGUCCGCCACUGUCGCUGCUGCCGCACUGGAACAGCUCGAGGCGUCCGGUAUCGCCAGUACGGGCGUCAAAUCCCUCGCUGCCCUCUCGUCAUGGUUCACCACGUCCGUUUCGCCCCGCGUCCAAUCGGCGGCUCUCGUCCCCGCUCCGGAAGAUGCGGGCGUCGCGUCCCACCUCGCCUCGCUCACGCUGAGCAAGAUCAUGUUCCGCCCCACGCCGGGACCGGUGGAUGGUGCGGAUGUGAGCGCGGUGCUGGCCAGGGCCGAGUGGUGUCUUGCCGAGAAGGAUCUGGAUGGGGCGGCGAGGGAGGUGAAUAGGCUGCAAGGGUGGCCGAAGCGGCUUGCGAGUGACUGGUUGAGGGAGGCGAGGCGGGCGCUGGAGGUCAAGCAGGCGCUCGAGGUUGUUGCUACGGAUGCGACGCUGGGGAGUUUGCUUUUGGUUUAG